AGAAAGAAAGAGAAAGAGAGAAAGAAAGAGAAAGAGAGAAAGAAAGAGAAAAGAGAGAAGGAGGAAGAGGAGGAGAGAGAUGAGAGAGACGAG